CUAGUUUUUUUUAAACAAUGUCGUCAUUUCUGGCUUAGUCAUCUCUGUUUUCAUCUGGUUUUCAUAAUGCGUGCUAUCUUUGCAUCAUCACAGACAUUACAAUAUUUGCUUUUCAUUCACUCAAUUUGGCAUGCAACCAGUACACUUUUAGACAUUGUUAUAUCCACAUCAGUUCUGUCAGAUUAAAUUAAAAUAAUGUAUUCCGGAGAGCCUGGGUCAGGAGCGGGCAAGGGUGGUGGCGGUGGCGGUUCCAUCCGUGAGGCAGGCGGUACCUUCGGCAAGAUGGAGGCUGCGAGGGAAGAUGAAUACUUCUACAAGAAGCAAAAAGAGCAACUUGCCAACUUGAAGGGGCACUUGAACAAGGAGAUUGCCUUCCAUCAGGACCAGAUUAAGCGUCACGAAGACGCCAUCCGCCGUCACAAGGAACAAAUGUCCACCAUGGACUCGAAAUAAAUCAAAAUAAAGCACUAGGCUUUACAAUUACUUAAAAAUACUUACUUAAAAUUCAUAAAAAUCUGAAUUUGGAAAACAACAUGUAAUUUGUAGAAGCUUUUCAUCUGAACAUUCGAUGGUUUUUGUUUAAGAUUGUAAUGUAACGGAUUGAUGUAAGAUUACAAAUUGUUUGUUUUAAGAAUGCUUUAUACUUGAGCUUUUAUUUCGUUUAGUUAUUAGACUGAGGUUUGAGCAAUAUAUUGUCUACAAACA